AUGCAGUUUAACUUUGAUCAAGAACAUGAAACUUUGGCACAUCGUAUCAGAGGCCAGGAAGCCGAGAUCCCACCGGUGGUGGCAAUGUUUUCAGAAUACCCAAUAGAGACGAACAAACACUACAGCCUGCUCGUCAAAGAGAUUGAUACCUGGAUAGCUAGUGCUAUUAGGGAUACAGCACUUUCUGAUAAGUACAUUAAAGCCGACUUUGGAAAACUGAUAGCUUGCCAAUUUCCAUAUGCAAAAUGGGAGAAGCUCCGCGUCAUAGGUGCCUUCAUCACAUGGGGCUACCUAUGGGAUGAUCAAAUGGACAUGGGCAGAGGUAAAACUUCCGGAGAGAAGUCUUCUAAAGUCUUCGUUCUCGAUUCUUUGCGCUUCAUUCAGCAAUCUUUGGAUGUUAGCAAACAGUACAUAUCCGAUGGCGCCAUUACUACCCCACCAACCCCUCUCAUGGCGAUUUUCGAGGUUUACGGGCAAGGACUACGGAUGUCCCUGACCCAGGAGGACCGGGACUGUACCUAUGUUUAUCUUAACAGAUGGAUAAUGGCGGUCUAUGAGGAAGAUUGCCAGAGGUCCCUAGCCCAUAUGCCGACUCCAGAAGAAUACCUCAAAAUACGCGUGAGAGCAUUCGGAUUCAGAUUAUACGUCAUCUUUUUCGAGUACUGUCUGACAUUUCGUUUGAAAAUAGUCCUUAUUGACUCUUGCCCCAGGUAUAUGAACCAAAUCACUUUCUCGAAGGCUUUCAAGGCCACUACGGAGGGAAUGCAAAUUCAGGAGGAGUGCGGCCUUAUACUUAUCUACAUAAAUGACCUCUUUUCAUGUAAAAAAGAAGUGUUAAGGGGAGAUUUCCAUGAGAACAUAAUCCCACUGAUCGUACACUCAUCGCCCUCAUUUCAGCUGCAAGAUGGAAUUGAUACCGUACUAACCAGACUUGGAGAUUCUUUGAAGAAGAUUGAGCUGAUGGUUGGUUAUUAUAAUUCAAGCACUGCAAACAAAGAGAUCAGGGAUGACGUGCUUCUCUAUAUUAAGGAGUGGCGAACGGUAGCAACUGGCUGGCUUACCUGGUCUAUGGGCAGUUCACGCUUCGGCCUCCUGGAAGGUACGCUUCCAGAUAGCUCAGUUAUUUUUACUAUUUAG